AUUCAUUAUUCCUCAGAUCGUCAAGUACAGUCCUGAUUGCAUCAUAAUUGUGGUUUCCAAUCCCAGUGGACAUUCUUACAUAUGUUACCGGAAACUAAGUGGAUUACCCAAACACCGUGUGAUUGGAAGUGGAUGUAAUCUGGAUUCUGCGAGAUUUCGCUACCUUAUGGCUGAAAAACUUGGCAUUCAUCCCAGCAACUGUCAUGGAUGGAUUUUGGGGGAACAUGGUGACUCAAGUGUGGCUGUGUGGAGUGGUGUGAAUGUGGCAGGUGUUUCUCUUCAGGAAUUGAAUCCAGAAAUGGGAACUGACAAUGAUAGUGAAAAUUGGAAGGAAGUGCAUAAGAUGGUGGUUGAAAGUGCCUAUGAAGUCAUCAAGCUAAAAGGAUAUACCAACUGGGCUAUUGGAUUAAGUGUGGCUGAUCUUAUUGAAUCCAUGUUGAAAAAUCUAUCCAGGAUUCAUCGUGUGUCAACAAUGGUAAAGGGGAUGUAUGGCAUCGAGAAUGAAGUCUUCCUGAGCCUUCCGUGUAUCCUCAAUGCCCGGGGAUUAACCAGCGUUAUCAACCAGAAGCUCAAAGAUGAUGAGGUUGCUCAGCUCAAGAAAAGUGCAGAUACCCUGUGGGACAUGCAGAGGACCUAAAAGACCUGUGACUGCUGAGCCCUAGGCUGUAGAAGUUUAAAAACUACAAUGUGAUUAACUCUGAGCCUUUAGUUUUCAUCCAUGUACAUGAAUCUCAGUUUGCUCUGAUCUUUAAUAUGUGAAUUUGAGCUCACAGAAUCAAAGCCUAUGUUUGGUUUAAUGCUUGCAAUGAGUUCUAGAACAAAUAAAAUUAACUAUUGCA